CCAAAUAGCCAACGUAGUUCACCUUCACUUGCUCUCUUUUCUCAGAAGAAUCUGAGGCAAAACAUGGUGGGUGGUGGUGGUUCUCUUGAGGAUAUCAAGAACGAGAAUGUUGAUUUGGAGAAAAUACCAAUAGAAGAAGUGUUCCAGCAGUUGAAAUGCAGCAGAGAUGGACUAUCUGGAGCAGAAGGAGAAAGCAGACUCCAGCUCUUUGGUCCAAACAAGCUCGAGGAGAAAAAGGAAAGCAAGAUACUAAAGUUCUUGGGUUUUAUGUGGAACCCUCUCUCUUGGGUCAUGGAAGCAGCUGCAAUCAUGGCCAUUGCCUUGGCUAAUGGAGAUGGACGUCCACCUGAUUGGCAAGACUUUGUUGGUAUUGUUUGUCUUCUGGUUAUUAACUCAACCAUCAGCUUUUGGGAAGAAAACAAUGCUGGUAAUGCUGCUGCUGCUCUCAUGGCUGGUCUUGCUCCCAAAACUAAGGUUCUAAGAGAUGGCAAAUGGAGUGAGCAAGAAGCUUCCAUUCUUGUGCCUGGAGAUAUCGUGAGCAUCAAGUUAGGUGACAUCAUUCCUGCUGAUGCACGUCUUCUAGAAGGCGAUGCUUUAAAAGUAGACCAAUCUGCUUUAACCGGUGAAUCCCUCCCCGCAACAAAAGGUCCAGGAGAAGAAGUGUUCUCGGGUUCUACUUGCAAGCAAGGUGAGAUUGAAGCGGUUGUGAUCGCCACUGGUGUCCACACCUUCUUUGGCAAAGCAGCUCAUCUUGUCGACAGCACAAACCAAGUGGGACAUUUCCAGAAAGUUCUUACCGCAAUAGGAAACUUCUGCAUCAUCUCCAUUGCGGUAGGUAUUGUGAUUGAGAUAAUAGUUAUGUACCCUAUCCAGCGCAGAAAGUACAGAGACGGUAUCGACAACCUCCUUGUGCUUUUGAUUGGUGGGAUCCCCAUUGCAAUGCCUACUGUUCUGUCAGUGACAAUGGCUAUUGGCUCCCACAAGUUGUCUGAACAAGGAGCUAUCACCAAAAGAAUGACAGCCAUUGAAGAGAUGGCUGGCAUGGAUGUUCUGUGCAGUGAUAAAACCGGGACGCUGACGCUAAACAAGCUGAGUGUUGACAAGAAUCUGAUUGAGGUUUGUGCUAGAGGCGUUGAGAAAGAAGAGGUCUUGCUUUUAGCUGCUAGGGCUUCAAGAACAGAGAAUCAAGAUGCAAUUGAUGCUGCUAUGGUUGGUAUGCUUGCUGAUCCUAAAGAGGCAAGAGCUGGUAUUAGGGAGAUUCACUUCUUCCCGUUCAAUCCAGUUGACAAGAGAACAGCACUCACUUACAUUGAUGGUAAUGGCGACUGGCACCGAGUAAGCAAAGGAGCUCCAGAGCAGAUUCUUGAUCUUUGUAACGCGAGAGCUGAUCUGAGGAAGAGAAUACACUCAGCAAUUGAUAAGUACGCUGAGCGGGGACUUAGGUCAUUAGCUGUUGCGAGACAGACAGUACCUGAGAGAACAAAGGAAAGCUCUGGUGGUCCAUGGGAGUUCGUUGGUGUGUUGCCUUUGUUUGAUCCUCCAAGACAUGAUAGUGCAGAUACCAUUAGAAGAGCGUUAGACCUUGGUGUCAACGUCAAGAUGAUUACAGGUGAUCAGCUUGCUAUUGCCAAAGAGACAGGACGUAGGCUGGGGAUGGGAUCAAACAUGUACCCAUCAGCUUCUCUUCUUGGUAACCACAAAGAUGCAAACCUAGCUGCUAUUCCCGUUGAAGAGCUCAUUGAGAAAGCUGAUGGCUUCGCUGGUGUCUUCCCAGAGCACAAGUAUGAGAUUGUGAAGAAGUUGCAAGAUUUGAAGCAUAUAUGUGGAAUGACUGGUGAUGGAGUGAACGAUGCUCCUGCUUUGAAGAGAGCUGAUAUUGGUAUAGCUGUUGCUGAUGCUACAGAUGCUGCACGUGGCGCUUCUGAUAUUGUUCUCACUGAGCCUGGGCUCAGUGUUAUCAUCAGCGCGGUUCUAACCAGUAGAGCCAUUUUCCAAAGAAUGAAGAACUACACAAUUUAUGCAGUCUCAAUCACUAUCCGUAUAGUGUUUGGUUUCAUGCUCAUCGCUUUGAUAUGGAAGUUCGACUUUUCGCCAUUCAUGGUUCUGAUCAUUGCUAUCUUAAACGAUGGAACAAUCAUGACCAUCUCAAAGGACAAAGUGGUGCCUUCUCCUACACCAGAUAGCUGGAAACUCAAAGAAAUCUUCGCAACCGGCAUUGUCCUUGGAGGCUACAUGGCUUUGAUGACCGUCGUUUUCUUCUGGGCUGCUUACAGAACCGACUUCUUCCCGAGAACAUUCCAUGUGAGAGAUUUGAGAGGAAAUGAACAUGAAAUGAUGUCUGCUUUGUACUUACAAGUCAGUAUUGUGAGUCAAGCUCUUAUCUUCGUCACUAGAUCAAGAGGCUGGUCUUUUCUUGAACGACCUGGAUGGCUCUUGCUUAUUGCCUUCUGGAUUGCACAAGCGAUUGCAACGGGGGUUGCGGUUUUUGCGAAUUGGGAGUUUGCUAGAAUUAAAGGAAUAGGGCUUGGAUGGGCUGGAGUUAUCUGGCUUUACAGUAUUGUCUUUUACAUUCCUUUAGACGUACUCAAGUUUGCUAUCCGGUACAUACUAUCCGGAACCGCAUGGAACAAUCUCAUUGACAACAAGACUGCGUUUACGACUAAGCAAAACUAUGGGAUAGAGGAGAGAUCGGCACAAUGGGCUCUCGCACAAAGGUCUUUACAUGGUCUUCAGAAUCAAGAAUCGGCUAAUGUUUUCCCUGAGAAAGGUGGCUACAGAGAACUUUCUGAGAUCGCAGAGCAAGCCAAGAGACGAGCUGAGAUUUCAAGUUCCAGGAUUAUUUGAUUCUUUAGCAAGUAGAACUCAGAUCCAGAGAAGCUGAAGAUAUCUGAGGGCUUCUUGUGAGUAACGUUAGGGUUUUAAUGUGUUGUUAAUUUGUUAUUGUUGGUUGAAGGCUAAGGGAACUUCAUACGCUUAAAGGACAUGUAGAGUCAGUGGUGAAGCUGAAGGGACUUGAUAUUGAGACGGCUGGUCACUACACCGUUUAAUGACAAGAUGGACCCAAUUUUAACCAGAACAUGAUUAAGGGAGAAGAAGAAGAAGAUCGUUUGUUUAAGAGAUAGAAGGGAAUAAGGUUUUAUUUUAUUCAGUUAAUGUUAGUGUUAAAUUCCUCUAAACCCCGAGAGUUUCUUUUUCUUCUUCCUUGAUUUUAGGCUUAAUUAUAGUUGUGUUUUCAGUUUGCUCUGUGUUGGAGACAAAAGACAAAAGUAAUAUGAUGACAUCUUAGGUUUAUACAAUGUUAAACAUACAUAAUAAGUGAAUAUAACAAAACUAUUCACUGCC